GGCGGCGCGGGCUGGGCGGGCGCCCCCGCGGCUCUGCUGCGCGCCGUGCGCCGCCUGCGCGAGGUGUUCGAGGUGUGCGGCCGCGACCCCGACGGCUUCCUGCGCGUGGAGCGCGUCGCGGCGCUCGGAAUGCGCUUCGGCCGUGGAGAGGAGGUGGAAAAACUCGUGAAAUAUUUGGAUCCCAACGACCUGGGGAAAAUCAAUUUCAAAGACUUUUGCCGUGGGGUGUUCGCCAUGAAAGGGUGCGAGGAGCUGCUGAAGGACGUGCUGUCCAUGGAGAGUGCAGGGACGCUGCCGUGCACGCCCGAGAUCCCCGACUGCCUGGAGCAGGGCAGCGAGGUUUUGGGCUCCACCUUUGCUGAUGGCGAGCUCCUCCCCAGGGAACCUGGCUUCUUUCCUGAGGACGAGGAGGAGGUGACACUCGCCCCACCUGAGGGCCUCCGGGAGUCAGACAUGGACAGCCCCAUGGAGAGCGCCCAGAAUCUGGAGGGGUCUGUUGGGAGUCCUGCUGAGGAGAAGGAACAGGAACUUGGGGGCCUGUUUCUAUCAGAGGACAAGUCCCUGGUGCACACUCCGUCCUUGAUGACGCCAGACCUCUCCACACACUCCACUGCCUCGCUCAUCAGCAGCGAGGAGCAGUUUGAAGACUAUGGCGAGGGGGAUGAUGUGGACUGUGCCCCCAGCAGCCCCUGCCCUGACGACGAGACCAGGACCAACGUCUACUCAGACCUGGGGUCUUCAGUGUCUUCCAGUGCGGGACAGACCCCGAGGAAGAUGCGGCAUGUGUACAACAGCGAGUUGCUGGAUGUAUACUGCUCUCAGUGCUGCAAGAAAAUCAACUUGCUGAAUGACUUGGAAGCUAGGCUGAAAAACCUGAAGGCCAACAGCCCCAACCGGAAGAUCUCUAGCACAGCCUUUGGACGGCAGCUCAUGCACAACAGCAACUUCAGCAGCAGCAACGGCAGCACAGAAGAUCUGUUCCGGGACAGCAUUGACUCCUGUGAUAACGACAUCACGGAGAAGGUGAGCUUCCUGGAAAAGAAGGUGACAGAGCUGGAGAAUGACAGCCUGACCAACGGGGACCUGAAGAGCAAGCUGAAGCAGGAGAAUACGCAGCUGGUACACAGAGUGCACGAGCUGGAGGAGAUGGUGAAGGACCAGGAGACCACUGCUGAGCAGGUGCUGGAGGAGGAGGCCCGGCGACACCGAGAGGCCUACAGCAAGCUAGAGCGGGAGAAGAGCACGGAGCUGGACCUACUCAACACCAGGGUGCAGCAGUUGGAGGAAGAAAACACCGAGCUUAGAACAACUGUGUCACGACUCAAGUCUCAGACGGAAAAACUGGACGAGGAGCGGCAGCGCAUGUCUGACCGGCUGGAGGACACCAGCCUGCGGCUCAAGGAUGAGAUGGACCUGUACAAGCGCAUGAUGGACAAGCUACGCCAGAAUCGCCUCGAGUUCCAGAAGGAGCGAGAAGCAACGCAGGAGCUCAUUGAGGACCUGCGGAAGGAGCUGGAGCACCUGCAGAUGUACAAGCUGGACUGUGAGCGGACAGGCAGGGGCCGCAGCUCCUCAUCCGGCCUGGGCGAGUUUAACGCCAGAGCUCGAGAGGUGGAGCUCGAGCAUGAGGUCAAGCGGCUGAAGCAGGAGAAUCACAAGCUGCGGGAUCAGAAUGAUGACCUGAAUGGACAGAUCCUGAGCCUGAGCCUCUACGAAGCAAAGAACCUGUUUGCUACCCAGACCAAAGCCCAGUCUCUGGCUGCAGAAAUAGACACAGCCUCUCGAGAUGAGCUCAUGGAAGCCCUAAAGGAGCAGGAGGAGAUCAACUUUCGGCUGAGGCAGUACAUGGACAAGAUUAUCCUGGCCAUCCUGGACCACAACCCUUCCAUUCUGGAGAUCAAACACUGAGCCAGGCUAGCUGCAAAGCAGCCUCAGGACCCCAGGACUAAGGGGCAGCCCUGCUCGAGGACAUGGGGCUGGCUCCACACUCACAUUCACGCUAUAAAUGUACCUCUGGCCGCCAUGCCUACCAUGUGCUGGUGUAUGUGUGGGGAGGCUGUGAGCAUGCCCAUGGUGGGGUGAGCAUGGGGCAAUGGUUGUUAGUGGCACCUGCACAGUGAGCUGCGCCUGCACUUUGUGGCCCCUUUGCAGGGGCAGUGGACACUGGAAGUGUGGGGGCAGGGUGUGCUCUCAGGAGUUACUGUAAUAAUGAGAACUGGAAGCAUGUGUUGCAGAUACUGGGUAAAAUGAUUCUACCUCUGGGGAUAAGGAUGAGGAAAUACUCUAGUGAGCUGGCUCUUACCAAGAUGGUGACCUUUCCCAGGAGUUUGCUUGGCCUUGCCAGGCUCUCUGGCCACUUUUCACAUCCAGGUGGGGAGGCAUGGCAAGGAGGAAGGUUGUGGGAGAGCUCCUGCCCCAUGGGUGGCCCUGUGUGGUUGGGGUGCACGAGGCCCAGAGGACUCAGGUUCACUGGGCAGUGGCACAGGCCGUCCUCGUGUGGUAGGGUUCUUGGCAUUUUUAGGUUCUCUUUGCCCUCUCCGUCCCUGCUUACCUACCUCCCUUUUCUGUUUUUGUUUUGUUUUGAAAACAGUGAAAUAGAAGAAGCAUUCACUUGGGUAUAAAAUAAAGAAAUGAAAAAGGAAAGUGGGGAAGAAGAUUGGGACCUCGAGGUGUCUGAGGCCAGCGUUGACAUCAGGCAACCAAAGAAAUGAUUUCCAGGGAGGAGCCCGCUCCCUGCAGGUGUAUCUUGAUGGGGGCCCAUCAUGGCUCCAUUCAGCCUACUGAGAGCAGGUUUUGGGCUGGGUCUCAGGGUCUGAGCUCUGGGUGCCCCUGGGAAGUAACGAGGUCCCGUUCCAGCCCUGAGGAACGCACUUGUAUCUGCUUCUCUACUGGGGAGCUCUGCUACAUCAGGGAGGGCAGGGUAUAGUCAGCAGAGUUGCAGGGAAACCUGUCUUCCUCCCUUCUGGCCCAUGGUGGGAAUUCACACCAUGGAUUUUUUAAUGUGAUCUUUUGUUCUGGGUGGCUGGGAGUAGAAACAAUACUUUCCUUUAAAUUUUCCAGUUUAUCUCAAUUUUAUAGCUUGUGAUUCAUUUCCUUAACCCGAAUCGAUAUAAACACAUAUGGCUUUACUUCUUCCCCUGUAGUUUCUUGUUUUCUUCAGCACAUGUAGUGUAAGAAGGAAGGUUUGGGCAUGUUGGGGAGGGGCAGGGAGGUGUGUGGAGAGAAGGGAGGGUCGAAGGGCCGGAGGAGGCCUUGUGGACUUGGGUGUGCUCCCUGCUUGACAGAAGCAGGGCUGUGGCCAGAACCGAUCUUCACUCCAUCCCAGUCAACUUGUGCUUUUGUUAGAUUUCAUGAUUACUUUUUAAUCUUAUGUAUGAGGUUUGGUCUUCUCAGGACUGGAACCACCCAUGCCCAGCAGAGGGGUGAGGGUUGGUCCUUGGGAGCCUCUGCUCUUGGGAUCCAGGUCUCCUUGGGCUCCCCUGAGGGUCUGAGGGGACACAGGCAGAGAGGGCCUGAGGAGUGGGUGUCUUGAGAAUUUGCUAGGAGGCCAUGACUUAAAGAUAAAAGACAUGGCAUGGUGUAGGUCUGGGUUUGAUUUUGGAAGGUGUCCCACAGGAGCCAGCCAAGUCAGGGUCCUGGUCUGUGGAGAGCUUAGUCCAGGGAGGAGUAUUUUACACAUGGAAUUGUGUAUGCUCCUUAGCUGCAUUGGUGCAGAAUUCCAGAGAAGGCAGCAGAGGCCAUGGUCAGAGUCGGUAGAGGAAGAAAACAACACUGGCAGCCUGUCCUGCCAGCUCCUCCCUGUAGGGGGUGCCAUGGGAAUGGACUACCCCAGGAAAUGCCAAGUCUGAAAGGCACCUAGACCUAGCCCAGUGCCACAGAGGCCUCUGAAGAGGGCCUUUUAACAGAGGACCUGCAUUCCAUAUAUCGCCUCCAGUUAAUGCCAGCCUUCUUCCUUCCUUCAGCCAGGAUGUACGUCUUACAAAACCUCAUCUGUCAACUUGGUUUUUUAAGAUCAUGUAUGUUUUUGAAGUGCACUUCUGGACUUGAAAGUUAACCUGAGGGGGUCUUAGUUCCCCAGCCCCUGGGGCAGGCUCCAGAGCUGUGCUUGAUAGGACAAAUUUGAACAACAAAUAAUUUUUAACUUUUAGAAUAUGCAUGAUCCAUGCCACCCUUGGGACAUACUGAAAAUAAGCUUUUAAAAAUUUGAAUUACCAGAUGUUCUGGUUUAAUUACUGUAGGUGUGGCUCAGGUCUUGAAAUAUUUUACAGGUAUUCCAGCUGACUCUAAUUUAACUGGGCGUUGUAUCUAGGGGGUGGGUGAGAUUUUCUGUUUAUUUUCAUUUGUUUUUGUCAAACCUGGCAAUCCCAACAAAUAGGAAUUAGCAGAACUUUGCCUGAAGUUACAGGUGGUUUUUUUCUCGGUUGAGAGAAGUGGGGGGUUUUGUAGAAGAGGUACCUUUUGAGUCAAGUGAAGUAGCACACAUCUGUAAUUCCAGCUACUGAGGAGGCUGAGGCAGGAGGAUUGCAAGUUUGAGGCCAACUUGGGCAAUACAACAAGACCUUAUCUCAAAAAAUAGAGCUGGUGGGCCGGGGAUUUAGCUCAGUGGUUCCGAUGCCGGCCUCGAAAGCACAAGGUCCUGAGUUCAAUCCCCGGUACAAAAGAAAAAAAAAAGCUGGAGGGCUGAGGAUUUAGCUCAAUGGUUUUGCUGCCUGCUGUGCAAGUGCAGGGACCCGAGUUCAAUGUCCGGUACCCUCCCCCCCAAAAAAAGACAUACAUUUUACCUGACACUAAGCUGUCCUUGUAUUGAGUUGGAAACCAAACAAAAUUAGCAGUUUUUUUAAACUUUGCAGUGGCCAUUUAUGUUAAACUGGUAGAUUUACUUGAGAAUUGUCAAAGAGAUUCUUUUUUCCUGAUUGCAUUUCUGACAUACUUCAAAGACAGAGCUCAAGAACCUCCUGAGCACUGUGUCCUGGAAGAGAGGUUUGCAGCUUUGGCUGUGCCCUGGAGUCUCCUGGGAAUUCUGAAAGCUCUGAUGACUGGGCAGCCCCACCCCACCCUGUGGCUCGGAUUCAACUGAAUUUGUACAUACUUCCCCAGUGAUGCUGAGGUGUGGCUCAAGGGGAGACCCCUUUGUUCUAGAAGGUUGUUGCCCAAAGGGAGAGGAAAUGGGGCUUGUUGAACCUAGGCUAGAGAGUGGACCCUCUGCUGGGACAGUCCAUGGUGGCUUUUUCUGGUGCUGAUGCUGUUGAAUGGUCCUUGCCUCAGGAUGGGAGGCCAGGUGCCUUCAGGACUGGUGGCUCUUGCUGUUCUCAGAGCCAGGAGGCUAGCAAGCCUGAGUGGGUGGCAGGGUCUCUGCCUGGUACCCCUGGAGUCCUAAGUGACACGUGUCGUGACGUACUGACCAGGACUCAUUCCACAGUGGGAAUACAACAGUCAGCUGCGCGCCGUCCCCCUGAAAGCAGCCUUGGCCACAGCAGCCACCUGCUUAUACCACAGAGCAGGAGGGGACACUGGCUUUGUGGAUUCUGCCUAUUUCCUGACAGCCAAAGCCUCCAGCAAGGCCUGGUGGAGUAGAGAGAAAUCCAGUCCUCUUUUUGUGCUGUGAGUGUGAGACAUUGGCAGUUUUAACCCUAACUGUAGAUGUGACUGGAAUAGGCCAGAGUUUGGGGUGGCCCUCCUGUGAAGAAAAUGAGUGCCUGGCAGGUCCCCAGCAACCCUGCAGAGGGCCGAGGUGGAGUCUGGGUUGAAGAGGGGCCAUUUAGGACUUUGGUGCUGGCCUCCUCCACAGUCUUCACUCCCAGGCUCCCCUUGGGACCCACGGUCUCCCCUCUAACAUGGCACUUAAGACUAGUAAGACUGACGUGUGUCCCACAGAGGUCCUCAAGUUAGACGUGCCAUGCCCUUCCCUUGGAGCACUGAUCUCAGGGACCUCCUGGUCCUGACAUCCUGCUAAGCAUGCACUGGUGACAGAAGCAGCCGGUGCGAGGCAGUAGGGACUGAAACCAUGGGCUUGCCCUCCCUGCCUGGCAGGACAACCCCGAGGCCCUCCUGCCGUCCUCUCACUGACCACCUGAGAAAACAACUGCGUUGGAGGAGAGUUUGUUUCUCGCCCUGUGACCCUGGUGGAGGGUAAUGCCACUGUCCUUCCUGGGUACUAGGUUUCCCAUGUGACCUCACUGCCCCAACCUUGUAGGCUCCUCUCCAUUGUGACCGUAAUGCUGGGGUGUCAGACCCAGCUAGGGAUGGCAUCCCAGGCCACCCCUCCUACAGGUCUAAGUGCUGAUGUCCUAGGGGUGACCCUGUCUCCUGCUGGGACCAUCUGCUUUGCUGUGCUGCACAGGCUGUGAUUUUUGUCUGCAUGGUUUGGGGUCCCUGUCCGUGUGCCUUCUUCCCUGUCACCACUGUACAGGAUUCUCCACGUUACCCUCUGCCCUGUUUUCUACGUCCCCUCUCCUCUCCUUCCCUCCCCUGCCCCGGAAAUGUGUAGCACUCAUCUUCUUUGUGGCCCCGUGCCCCCACCUUGUAAGGCCUUGCUCGCAGGCACAUCUCCUGAGGGAGGAUCAGGCCCGCUUCCCCUUGGCUUGCGCAGUCUUGUAGACACCGUCACUUUGUACAGAAUUGUUCAUUGUCUUAGGUCUGGGGGUGCUUAGUCCCUCAUCGAGCCUGCAGGUAGUUUAGAAGCCUUGCUUCCCAGAAAAGGGUAACUUUGUGUAAAGCAGCUUCUCCCACAAACCUCUUCCUGUGUUGAUGUGAAUAUUUAUAGGCGGCAGAGUGCACUUUUAACCUGGGGCAUCGGCCCGGGCAGGGAUGUUGCAGAGCUGCAGCAGCUCCGGUACCCACUCUGCCCCAGAGGAAGCCCUGGCUGUGUGGUUCCCCAUGCUUAGCAAAACUCCACUGCCUCUGGUGUAUGGAACAGCUGUGGACCCCAGUAGGGCUGAAGGAAGAGACUGCUGCCCUCCCUGCCUGCUCUUAAUACCUGCCCAGCCCCUGUCUGCUGAAGGUGCUCAGACCAGAGUGCCAUUAAUAAUCCCAGACUGUCAGGACCUUGAUGGGACAAUACUCGAGUGAGGCCUCAGCCCCUCCCACUCCGGGCAGGGUCUCCGGGGCCCAGGCGGAAAAACUGCCCCCAUGGCCUAGUGCCCAAGGGUUGGUUAGAUGGCUUUUGACUCUCUGUGGGAUUCAGCUUGGUUUUUGCCCCAGGAACCUAUGUCUGGAAAGAGCUCUGGGGCCAGAGGAGGACCUCCAUGUUCAGGUCCAGGGGAGGGAGUGUGGGCUGAGGCCCCAAGGUGGAGUCCCAGGUCCUGAGCUCUUCGCCUGAAGCCUGCUUCCUUCCAGAAGGGAGCAGGCUCUCCACGGCAGGCACCUUCCAGGGAACUGUAAUGUACAGACCAAGGUGUAAAUAAACUGUUGGCUUUUCUUGCCUGA